AUGAUGAUUUUAAUUUUAUUUAAUAAAAAACAAUCAUGGACAUUUGAAGAAAUUCAUCAUGAAACUGAUAUCGAUGAAGAUGAUAUGAAAAAAGCAUUGUUUCCAUUAUAUUAUCAGAAAAAUAUUCUUCUCAAAGAUUCCAAUAAGAAAAACAUUGAAUCGACUGAUCGAUUUUCUGUUAAUGAAUCAUUUUCAUCGAAUCAUCGUUUUGUGAAAAUUCAUUCGUUGAAAGUCAAAUUUGCAAAUAAAAUCCAAUGUAAAGACAUUCAGAAGAAAAUCAAUGAUCAUCAUGAAUGGCAAAUUCGAGCUGCAAUUGUCAGAAUUAUGAAAUCUUUUCAAAUAAUGACACAUCAACAACUUAUUACACGAAUAACUGAAGAAUUCGAAUCUCGUUUUAUUCCAUCUUUAAUUAUCAUAAAACGAGAAAUCGAACAAUUAAUCGAAACAGAUUAUAUCGAACGAUCACAAGAUGAUCUACAAAAAUACAUUUACAAGACUUAA